AUGUUUGAACUUUUUAAAAAGAAGAAGUAAAAGCGGAAAAAUUACUUACAGUACUGUGAACUCUUGGAUCAAGACUAUAAUUAAAAUAAGAUAGUUGUAAGUGGCUACGGGAAUAAUAUUGUAAAGACUGUGGAGGGUAUGAUGAAAAUACUAAAGCCUUAAGGUGUCACUCAUCAAUAGUAAUAAUCUAGCAACUAGCAAUAGAAGAAUAAGAAAUAGAAAUCGCCUGACAAAGGUUAGAAAGAUUAGUAAAACCAAAACGAGUUAAGUACAGGAUAAUUUUAGAGAUUCUUUUACAACUUUGAUAAGGACAACGCUGAUUCAAUGUUUGGAUAUCGUUUAAAGCAAGAUAAUACACAAAAGAAGUAAUAAGACUAGGCAUAAUUCUUGAAAUACAUGAAUUAGUUUGCAUAAAAUAAACUUAAUGAAUUUCAAUAUGAGAUUCUAAGAAAUUACAUAGAGAAGAGAAAAUACCUGAAAAAAAUUCUUCACCCUGAUGUGAUUACUAGUCUAAAAGAUUUAAGUCCUGGCAAUAUAGUUAUUGAUGAUAAAUAGUAGUAGUACAAAAAGAAAAUCAAGCUGAUCAAAUGGAUAUAUGACAAGCCAUAGCAUUAAACAUCCUCUGCGCUUCAAGACAGAUUGACAAGUCAAUAAACUAAGACUUAAAGGUUUGACCAUUUUAGGGAUAUCAAUAAAAUUCAUAAGAACUCUAGAUAAAAUGAAAAACAAUAAAAAGAUCACAACAAGGACCUCAUUUCCUAUUUAGAGGAAAAAUACGUGGGGUUUUUUCCUAAUAUACCUAAAAGACCUCCAAUCGUUACAAAAAAUGCAAACAUAAACAUCAAUUUCUUUGAGCUUAACCAGAAGAAUAUAAUAAGACAAGAGCUGCCAUUUAAUUAAGAGAUGUAUAAUAAAAACCUACCAGCAAGGAAAAUUCGCAGGAAUUAGAAUCAAGUUAGUAGUUAUAAGAAGUAUAUAAAAAAUUAUCCUAAUCCACCAAAUGGCAUUGUAGAUAAUCUGUUUAUGACUGAAGAAGGAUAGACUUAAAUUAAGAACGAUGAAGUUUUAUUUGGAAUUAAUUAUGCUCAUUUUGCUGGACCAUCUGCAAUAAUAAAGGACUAAGUUCCAAUGGAAAAAAUACUGCUGAGUCAUUAUUCAAGCAAGGCUGACGGAAACAGUAUCAAGAAACAAUAAGCAAUCAAUAGUGUCUAUAGCAAUUUAAAUUCAAAGCUUUACAAUUAAAAGACAAGUACAAAUAACAAUAAUAGUUGUGAUGAAAAAGCUGGGAAUUUUACGACAAUCAAAGAGCCUAGUAUUAAAUCUAAUUUACUGAUGAAGUAAUAGCAGUUUGAAUUUCCAGAUAGCUCACUUAAUUCAGCUCUAUGCUCAUUCAACUAGGAGGGUAAAAAUAUGCAUAAAUUCUAUCAAUCACCCCCAACUCAAUAACAUAACCAGCUGAGAAAGAAUGCUAAUAAUAUACUUAAUGAUAAUUUUCAUUUAAAGGAUUCUCUUGAAUAGUUAUCCCUCAUGGAGAGCAAAACUUCAGGGCAGCAUAUUCCAUCAAGCAUGGAAUAUUACAAAUUAGAAUAGAUGUCUUAGCAAUAAUAGCUUUAGCAUUAGUAAAACUUACUUUAGCGGCGGAUUAUAAUAGACAACUACAGUUCUGAAAUGGGUCUGGAUACUAAGCACUAGAUACUUCAACAAAACAUAUUUAUGAUGAAUGGAGUACCUCAACCUUAUGAAGACUCUCAGGACUCGCAUAAUUAAACACAAACAAGUGGCUUUAUGAAUUAUAAAAAUUAGUAACUGCUUAAUGAAGGAGAGAAAUAUUCAAGACAGCCUAAGAAGUCACUGGGGAACGAGUCUAAUCUGGACUAUAAUAAAUAGAGGGGUGUAUUUUACCAAAAGCCUAGCUUUACAGUAAAACUGAAGAACAGAUAAAUGCUGAGUCUAGAUCACUACAAGCAGUCAACUUUGAGAACUACUCAAUAUCAGUAAAAUGAAUUGUCAAUUUAGGGUACUUAGAGAAAAGAUAAUUAGAUUUUAUUUUGA